AUGCUUCGAAGACAGAUCCUACAUGAGUCAGUAGAUGGAGUAGCAGAGAAAAGCGGUCAAGUACUGAGCCUGAGGAACCCCCGUAGCAAAGUUGUUGUGAACUUAGAAACUUCACCACUCCAAGACACCCUGAAAGGAUCUAUCAGAAAGGUCAGACUUCUCAUUGAACCCCUGAUGAAAAUGUUUCACAUGUUUGUUUUGUUCUGUUUGUGUUGGUGGCGUCUAAUUGGUGUGUUUGGUGAGUCAGUGUCAGUGAUGGAGGGAGAUUCUGUUACUUUACAAACUGAUGUUACUGAAAUACGUGAAGACGAUGACAUACUGUGGAAGUUUGGAGCUGAAACGUCCCAAAUAGCGGAAAUCAGUAAAGUGGCUAGAAUUUUCACCACAUCUGAUGGUCCUGAUGGGAGAUUCAGAGACAGACUGAAGCUGGACAAUCAAACUGGAUCUCUGACCAUCAUGAACAUCACAACUAAACACGCAGGACGUUAUGAAGUACAGAGAAGUGGAGUCAAGUGGUCAUCAAAAAUAUUCAGUGUUUCUGUCUAUACUCGUCUGCCUGUUCCUAACAUUACCAUGAACUGUUCUUCAUCAUCAUCAUCACAGCAGAAUUGUUCAUUGGUGUGUUCAGUGGUGAAUGUGGGUCAUGUAACUCUCUCCUGGUACAAAGGAAACAGUUUAUUGUCCAGCAUCAGUGUGUCUGAUCUCAGCAUCAGUCUCUCUCUACCUCUGGAGGUGGAAUAUCAGGAUAAAAACACCUACAGCUGUGUGAUCAACAAUCCUAUCAGCAACCAGACCACACAUCUCAACAUCACUCAACUUUGUCACACAUGUGAAGAUCCUCCAGACUCUGUAUCUCUGAUACUGAUCUACGCCGCUGCCGCUGCUGGAUGUGUGUUGAUUGUAGUGUCAGUCGUGACGUGCUGUAUCUGCAAGAAAUUUAGAAAAAAGGUUCAGACACCGGAGGAAGACGGAGCCGAUUCAGCAUUGUGCAAACCAAAAACACAAAAAAAGAAAUCAAAGACAGAAGCUGUGUAUGAAAAUGUCCCCAAAAAGCGAUGAUCAAAUACUGUAUCUACUGGAACUGAUGCUAGAGCCCAUACAGGACAGUGUCUUACGAUUUGGGGGUUUAUUCUCACUUAUCCUCUGCCAGGAUUGAUUUGUUUAAACUCUUUUUUGUACCUUUUGGUGUUAUUGUGAAUUUUGUUUUAAUGUAUUAGUUUACCAUUAGCACAGCAUCCAGAAACUCAACUUAAAUGAUCUAUUUCUAGUUUAUCAUAUAAAUCUUUACAUUCAUCAUACAUUAA